AUGGCUAAAAAGGCAGUAACUUCCAAAAAAGCAAAACAUGUUGAAAAAUUAUAAAACAAAUGGAAACAAAAUAAAAAAAAACCUUCAAAAUCAAUGAAUUCGGAUAAUCCAAAUCGUAUACUACCUGGAAAAGGAGAUGGAAAAUUCAGUCACUUACGUUCUAAAAAUUAAAUAAAAAGAUUGAAUAUGUACAAAGAUAAGCCUGACAUGGAAGCCAUGCAUAAAUAAAAAACUUAGCCAUCAAGAAUUGCACCUGAUAGAAAAUGGUUUGGACCAGUUCGAACAAUAGAUUAAAAAAGUUUGGAAAAAUUCAGAGUAGAAAUGGCAUAAAGAUCAAAUGAUCCAAGACAUUUAAUUGUAAGAAAAAAGAAAUUGCCAAUUUCAUUAUUAACAGAUGCUAACACUGAUUCUAAAAUGAAUAUUUUAGAUAUAGAAAAAUAUGAAGAUACUUUCGGACCUAAAGCCAGAAGAAAGAGAGUUAAAACUGAUAACUAUACAUAUGAAGAUAUGAUUGAAAAAGUUGUAGAACAAGAAUAAAAAUAUGACCAUUCUAAAGAUAAAGAUUUACAUAAAUAAGAUAUGCUAGAUCAUAGAAAAGAAUGUAGAGACAAAAGAAUGGAAGCCGGUCAAUCUAGAAGAAUUUGGGAAGAAUUAUAUAAAGUAUUGGAUGCUUCAGAUGUUGUAGUAUAAAUAUUAGAUUCAAGAGACCCAAUGGGAACCCGAUCUAAACAUGUUGAAGAUCAUAUAAAAAGAACUUGUCAUAACAAACAUUUAGUUUUUAUUUUAAAUAAAUGUGAUUUAGUACCUACUUGGGUAACUGCUAAAUGGUUGAAAUAUUUGAAUUAAUUUUUUCCGACUUUAGCUUAUCAUGCUUCUUUGAAUAAUCCUUUCGGUAAAGGCUCUUUAAUUAAUCUUUUGAGGUAAUUCGAUAAUGUACAUAAGGAUAAAAAACAUAUUAGUGUAGGAUUUAUUGGAUAUCCAAACGUAGGAAAAUCAUCCGUUAUUAAUUCUAUAAAAUAAAAAAAAGUAUGCAAAAGUGCCCCUAUCCCUGGAGAAACUAGAGUCUGGUAAUAUAUUACUUUGACAAAGAGAAUUUACUUAAUUGAUUGUCCUGGUGUAGUUUAUUAUCAUGAUGGAAGAAAUGACAUUGAAGUGGUCUUGAAAGGAUGUAUUAGAGCUGAAAAAAUCGAUGAUCCAAGUUAUUAUAUUCAUGCCAUUUUAAAAAAGGCAGAUCAUGUUCAUAUUAAGAGAAUUUAUGGGAUUGAUAAAUGGGAUAAUGAUGAACAUUUCCUUGAAUUAUUAGCCUAGAAAAAAGGGAAACUAAAAAAGGUAUAUUUUAAUUUAUUUAUUUUUAUUAUAAUUAUAUAUUUAAUAAUAAAGGGAGGUGAACCUGAUAUUAAGACUGUUUCAAAAAUAGUUCUUAUGGAUUGGCAAAGAGGUAAUAUUCCUUUCUUUAAUUUCCCACCUGAUUAUAUUCCUGAUGAAGAAAUGAAAAAUUAAAAUAAUUAAAAAAUUGGAGAAGAAGAAUUAAUUAAUGAUAAAGAAAUUCAAUAAUUAAAUCUAUAAGCAGAAUAAAAAGUUGCUUAAGAAACUUAAAAUUAAAAAACUGCUUAAAAAAAUGGAAGCUAAACUUAAGAAAAAAUAUAUAACAUGAGAAUGUUUUAGAUGAAAAGAACAAGUAUAAUAAUGAAAAUGAUAUAUUCUUUUAUAUAUGUUUAAUUUUUUUUAAUUAUAUUUUUAUUUUAUCAUAUCUAUUUUAUAAAUUAUUAUAUUUGA